GGAAGAGGCGUCUGUGCGGGCGGUGAGGUCGCAGAGGAACAUCGUGGGGGUAUGGAAAUAAUCGCAUGGAAGUUAGAACAUUUGUCAAAGACCACAUCAACGACUAUCAUCUGUUCUACAAGAUGAGUAACAGCCACCCUCUUCGCCCCUUUACUGCAGUGGGGGAAAUUGAUCAUGUGCACAUUUUGUCUGAACAUAUUGGUGCCUUGUUGAUUGGGGAAGAAUAUGGCGACGUCACAUUUGUUGUGGAAAAGAAACGUUUUCCUGCCCACAGGGUAAUUUUAGCAGCAAGGUGCCAAUAUUUUCGAGCAUUACUGUAUGGUGGAAUGCGAGAAUCUCAGCCUGAAGCCGAAAUCCCUCUCCAAGACACCACUGCAGAAGCAUUCACAAUGCUACUUAAAUACAUCUACACUGGGCGGGCAACGCUGACAGAUGAGAAGGAGGAGGUGCUGCUGGACUUUUUGAGCCUGGCUCAUAAAUAUGGAUUUCCAGAGCUGGAGGAUUCUACCUCUGAGUACCUCUGCACCAUACUUAACAUUCAGAAUGUCUGUAUGACUUUUGAUGUUGCCAGUCUCUACUCCCUUCCCAAGUUAACGUCCAUGUGCUGCAUGUUUAUGGACAGAAAUGCUCAGGAGGUGCUCUCAAGCGAAGGCUUCCUCUCCCUUUCUAAGGCAGCACUUUUAAACAUCGUAUUAAGAGAUUCAUUUGCAGCUCCCGAAAAAGAUAUCUUCCUAGCCUUGUUAAACUGGUGUAAGCAUAAUUCAAAGGAGAAUCAUGCUGAAAUCAUGCAGGCUGUCCGUUUGCCUCUGAUGAGCCUCACUGAACUUCUGAAUGUCGUGAGGCCUUCGGGACUAUUGUCUCCUGAUGCCAUUCUGGAUGCUAUUAAAGUUCGAUCAGAGAGCCGGGACAUGGACCUCAAUUACAGAGGCAUGCUUAUACCAGAAGAAAACAUUGCAACUAUGAAAUAUGGAGCCCAGGUGGUAAAAGGGGAGCUGAAGUCUGCCUUAUUAGAUGGUGACACUCAAAAUUAUGAUUUGGAUCAUGGAUUUUCUAGGCACCCAAUUGAUGAUGACUGCCGUUCUGGCAUCGAGAUUAAGCUAGGUCAGCCGUCCAUUAUCAAUCAUAUACGGAUACUCCUGUGGGACCGAGAUAGCCGGUCUUAUUCAUACUUCAUUGAAGUCUCAAUGGAUGAACUUGAUUGGAUCAGAGUGAUUGAUCAUUCGCAAUAUCUGUGUCGUUCUUGGCAGAAGCUGUAUUUUCCAGCCCGUGUCUGCAGGUAUAUUCGAAUAGUUGGGACUCACAACACAGUGAAUAAGAUUUUUCACAUUGUGGCUUUUGAAUGUAUGUUUACAAACAAAACCUUCACUCUGGAGAAGGGGCUAUUAGUUCCCAUGGAGAACGUUGCAACAAUUGCUGGUUGUGCCAGCGUGAUUGAAGGAGUCAGUCGGAGCCGAAAUGCCUUGCUGAAUGGGGACACUAAGAACUAUGAUUGGGAUUCCGGCUAUACAUGUCAUCAGCUAGGAAGUGGUGCAAUUGUGGUUCAACUGGCACAGCCGUACAUGAUUGGGUCAAUACGGUUAUUACUGUGGGACUGUGACGAUCGGAGCUAUAGCUACUACGUCGAGGUUUCCACCAACCAGCAGCAGUGGACCAUGGUAGCUGACAGAACUAAAGUCACCUGCAAGUCCUGGCAAUCAGUAACUUUUGAAAGACGGCCGGCCUCCUUCAUUCGAAUCGUUGGAACACACAACACAGCAAAUGAGGUGUUCCACUGCGUCCACUUUGAGUGUCCCGAGCAGCAGAGCAACCAGAAGGAGGAAAACAGCGAGCAGUCGGGGACAGGGGACACUAGCCCAGCCAGUCAGCAGCCCGACCCCCACGCCCUGCAGGCCCCCAGCGGCAACUCACUGCACUCCAGUCCAGGCUCCAGCUCGUACUCAGCCAACCGGCAGCACCAAUAAAGGAGGCGCACGUGUGGAGUGACUCGGCUGGGCCCAGGUGGCACAGGAGCCGUGUCCUCCCCGAGCAGGGAUGCCUGUGGACGCCUCGCCCCGCCACCCCCGCCCCACGAGGAACAGACCUGGCUGCAGAAACACACAGGACAGGUUUCCUCCCAAGGACACAAAGGGGCUGCUUUGUUCUCCUCAGUUUGUUCAAAUCAGGCUGGUCUCCAGGGGGAGAAAGUGGGUCUUCAAUCUUCAUCAAGUCCAUUAACACCCUACCUCUCUAAUCUAACCCUGCAAAGACCACAGAAGGAAGUAAUAGGCCUGAGUCGGAAUACAAAGAUGGCACAUGAACACAGGAAUGGAAGAGAAUGUAUUAGGCCUUCCUUACCUGGAGGCAAGGCACCCUGUAGGAAAUGGGUUUCCUUAGAGUGUUUACUUUUAUGGAACACAUUGCCCUGGCAACUAAAUAAUUUUUUAUUUCUUUUAGUUAUUCUCCAUUUGCUGAAUCAUAGGUUUUCCAGAUCUUUAUGAAAGGUUCAAACAGCAAAUCACUUGUUUUAAUCCCUUUUGACGCUGUAAUUUUCCUUCCUUAGUUUUGAACGGUUGAGCGUGGGGUAGAGCUGAGAAAUAUCAUGCGCAUCUCCUAAAUGAGGCACAGAUGCAGCUCAUCACGGCACCUGGUCUGACAAGGAAAAUCCUUUGAGGAAGAUCAACAAAAUACACAAGGAGCAGAUUAAUCUGUGGACACUGGAGUUAAUAAUCACUCAAAUUGCCAAGUUAUUAACCUGUCAUUCCUGAAACGUAUCCAGCCUUUAAGCUUGGGAGGCUGACAAGGAAACAGUGAUUAUGCCACCAGCUAAUUUAAUGUUCAGAAGUAUGUAUGAGUGUAUACCAACUUCCGGUUGGGCUGGACCUGUCCUCCAUUUGCCACAGGUUAGUGAGCGGUGUGGAGGCAGCCGUCCUGCCAGUCGGUGUCGGGAAUGCAAAAGUGGGCCUUUCCCACGUGGUGGUGAUCGGUGGUUGCUGUUUUUCCCCCAGACCAUAAUACUCAGCCAGGGAUUGGAAAAAAAAAAUCAGUUCUAAGAAGCUUUCCUUUUAAUCCUCAUUGAAACGAUCUCAUCUGACAGUUGUCGCUUGGUCUGGCUCUGUGUGUCUGAGUAAUUUCCAUCCCACCGCUAACUGCCCUGCGUAACUUGAUCAGAUUGUGUCCGGUUUUUGCUCAUCCCCCGAUUCUUCCGUUGGCUGGCUGUCACGAUCAGGUCCUCUGUGCAUCCUGCUUGGAGGAGGGGUGGGGCCGACGGGGGGUCCUUUCUGUCUUAAAGACACAUUGGUCGUGGGUGUACAAAGAGCCAGUGGGUCAGCUGUUUCCUCCUAGUGUGAUGUAGUUGUGAUUUAUCAGUAUUGGAAUAGUAGGGUAGCUUCAAGCUGCAUGAUUAAACGGGAAGGUUGUCUUUCUGCUAGUCUCCCUCGGUGCCCUCGACUCUGAUCUCUGUCUGCGUCCCCCUGCGUGGGGUGAGUGGAACGCUCUGAGGGGAACAGCUUUUCACAAUGGGAGGGGCUCUGGUAACAAAUAGCGGUGCCGCGCGCUUGCUUGCCACGGGUGGCUGGCCGCGCUCUGUGGCUGGCGCUGCCUCCCUCAGCAUCCAGCCCCUUCUCCAGUUAGAGCUGAGGAUGCCUGACAACUCAGCACUUCCUCCAGCGGUGCAUUCACUGCCCACAGGGGAGGCAGGAGGAGCAGGGAAGUCAGAAGAGGGCAGCGUUCAAAUGUUUUGCAAGUAUCAUCCAUUCAAGGGCUUCUUCUCAAACUCUGAAGCCACCUGUCCAGAGAGGAAUCACUGCUGACCCGGGGAAGUGUGGGGUGGGUUGGGGGAGGGUCUGGAGCCCUUCAGUACCCUUCUCCAUCCAGGCACAGGUAACGAAAUGCGUCCUGGACACUCAGCUUCACACCUGAAGAGGCAUGAACUGUGCCCUGCAUGGCCAGUGGCUCACCCUCUGCUUCCUGUCCUCUGUGAAUUCUCUUUGGUGUUCGUUCCUUCCAGAUCUCUGCCCUGAGGUCUGGAGAGAAUAAAGCUUGUCUCUCUCCUGCUCCUCCAGCACUUCAGACACGCCUUGUUUUCAGAUAAAGGGAAAGGGG